AUGGCAAUUAGUUUAUUAAACCCGAAAGCCGAAGUGGCAAGGGCUGCUCAAGCCCUUGCUGUGAAUAUUUCCGCAGCAAAGGGUAUCCAAGACGUCAUGAAGUCCAAUCUGGGGCCCAAAGGGACCAUGAAAAUGUUGGUUUCUGGUGCCGGCGACAUAAAAAUCACCAAAGACGGCAACGUACUCCUCCACGAGAUGCAAAUCCAGCACCCGACCGCCUCACUCAUAGCACGUGCUUCAACCGCUCAGGACGACAUGACCGGGGACGGCACCACGUCCACGGUCCUCGUUAUCGGCGAACUCCUCAAACAAGCCGAUAUCCUCAUCGGCGAGGGGUUGCACCCGCGGGUCGUCACCGAAGGUUUUGACAAAGCACGUGCCAAAACACUCGAAAUUCUCGAUUCGAUUAAAAUCGCGAUUGAAAUAAAUCGCGAGAAUUUACUUGAUGUUGCACGGACUAGUCUACGAACUAAAGUGCACCAGAUCCUGGCCAAUGUCCUUGCCGAUGUUUGCGUUGACGCUGUGUUGGCCAUCAAAAGUAAGGACAAGCCGGUAGACUUGCACAUGGUCGAGUUGAUGGAAAUGCAACAUAAAACCGAAACUGACACCACCUUGAUUAAGGGUCUGGUGCUUGAUCACGGCUCCAGGCAUCCAGAUAUGCCCAAAAGGUUGAAAAAUUGCUACAUUCUCACGUGUAACGUCUCAAUGGAAUAUGAGAAAAGUGAAGUCAAUUCGGGUUUUUUCUACAAAACGGCAGAAGAACGCGAGAAGAUGGUUCAAGCUGAGCGUGAAUUUAUUGAACAGAGGGUGAAAAAAGUCAUUGCUUUGAAGAAAAAACUUUGCGAUGGCACUGAUAAGAGUUUUGUUGUUAUUAAUCAGAAAGGGAUUGAUCCAAUGAGUCUUGAUCUUUUGGCCAAGGAAGGUAUAAUGGCCUUAAGACGAGCCAAAAGACGCAACAUGGAAAGAUUGGCUUUGGCUUGUGGUGGAAUCGCUUUAAAUCAUUUCGAUGAUAUGCAAGAAUCGCAAUUGGGUUAUGCUGGAGUUGUCUAUGAACAUGUUUUGGGCGAAAAUAAAUAUACUUUCGUUGAGGAAUGCAAAAUACCACAGUCGGUCACCAUUCUUAUUAAAGGGCCCAAUAAACACACUCUCACUCAAAUCAAGGAUGCUGUGAGGGAUGGAUUAAGGGCCAUCAAUAAUGCCAUAGAGGACAAAGCCUUGAUUCCAGGCGCAGGGGCUUUUGAGGUGACCGCCCACAAAGAAUUGAUGGCUUACAAGGACACCGUUAAAGGAAAAUCGCGUCUUGGAAUUGGUGCUUACGCGGAAGCCCUUCUUGUAAUUCCCAAAGUUUUGGCAACGAAUUCUGGUUUCGAUGCUCAGGAUACUAUUGUAAAACUUCAAGAAGAAUCUCGUAACAAUAAGGAACCAAUUGGGCUUGAUUUAGCUUCAGGACAACCGAUUAAUCCGAAAGAUGCCGGAAUUUUCGAUAAUUACAUCGUGAAGAAACAAAUAAUUAAUUCGUGUUCGGUGAUUGCAAGCAAUUUAUUGUUGGUUGAUGAAAUAAUGAGAGCCGGAAUGAGCAGUUUGAAAGGUUAAAUGGAUUUUUUUUGUCAGUAAUUUUAUUCACGUAUUAAUGCUUGAUUUUGUAAUUAUUAUACAACAAUAAUAAAGGAUUUUAACACCCA